GCGUGUGCACGCGAGAGGCGUGGUGAGGAUUGGCCUCUCCGCCCGCAAGAGUGCCCCCUGCUCCGGCGUGGACCCGUGCGGUUCCUCAGGCUUCGGCGGGGUGUGGCUUUUGGCCCGAGUUCUCACCGGUCCCUUCAUUUCCCACCCGUGGCUGCAGCCUUCUGCUGUCCGGGGCGUCCCCCAACUUCCAUCUCCCCACCCUGAACCAGCUGCCCCAGUAUCGGUUCCCCGGCCCGCUGUCCUCUGCCCUUCCUGCUCCGCGAAGUGUCUCUGUCUCUGAUCCUCGGCCCAAUGGCGCUGCAGGCCCUGCAGAGCUCGGGGGUGGCCUUCCGCAAGAUCCUGUCUCACUUCCCCGAGGAGCUGAGCCUGGCUUUCGCCUACGGCUCCGGGGUGUACCGCCAGGUGGGGCCCAGUUCAGACCAGAAGAAUGCCAUGCUAGACUUUGUUUUCACAGUAGAUGACCCUGUCACAUGGCAUUCAAAGAACCUGAAAAAAAAUUGGAACCAUUACUCUUUCCUAAAAGUUUUGGGACCCAAGAUUAUCACCACUAUCCAGAAUAACUAUGGCGCUGGAGUCUACUAUAAUCCAUUGAUCAUGUGUGAUGGUAGGCUUAUCAAAUACGGGGUCAUUAGCACUAACAGUUUGAUUGAAGAUCUUCUCAACUGGAAUAACUUGUAUGUUGCUGGACGACUCCAAAAACCGGUUAAAAUCAUAGCAAUGAAUGAGAAUGUUGCUCUUAGGUCAGCCCUUGAUAAAAAUCUGAAGAGUGCUGUGACCACAGCUUUCCUCAUGCUCCCUGAAAGCUUUUCUGAAGAAGACCUCUUUAUAGAGAUUGCUGGACUCUCUUACUCAGGUGACUUUCGGAUGGUGGUUGGAGAGGAUAAGACAAAAGUGUUGAAUAUUGUGAAGCCCAACAUAGCCCACUUUCGUGAGCUCUAUGGCAACAUACUACAGGAGAAUCCCCAAGUGGUGUAUAAGAUCCAGCACGGCAGACUGGAGAUAGAUAAAAGCCCAGAAGGACAAUUCACUCAGCUAAUGACAUUGCCCAAAACCUUACAGCAACAAAUUAAUCAUAUUAUGGACCCUCCUGGAAAAAACAGAGAUGUGGAAGAAACUUUAUUGCAAGUUGCUCAUGAUCCUGACUGUGGAGAAGUGGUGCGACUAGGGCUUUCAGCAAUUGUGAGACCUUCUAGUAUGAAACAGAGCACCAAAGGCAUUUUCACUGCUGAUCUAGGCUUAAUGUACCUGUUGGAUCAAAGGCCUCAGCAUUCCUGAUUAAAAUGUAAACCUAUAUCUGUAUCUGCAAGUACUUCUGAAGUGCUAAAUUGUGACGGUCAUGAACUAGGACAUAGCACUGGUAUACGGACUGGCAAAACAGCGCUGUCAUCAGUCCAAAACAGUCAAACCAUGUGAGGUACUGUUGGAAGCCUUACUGCCCCUCUCAGUUUUCCGAAUAACUCCCUGUGUGCAGGUUAUCCCCUCAUUUCAGGAUUUAUGGAAGUCACAUGUGCGUAUUGUUACCAAAGCAGCAGUACCUUGCCCUUCCACACACCCCCUAACCCCUGCAUUUUCCCCUUUCCAGAGACAACUGCUGCUAACUCUCCUAGUGGAUUGGUUUUAUUUCCACUGCCAGUUUGCUAAAUAGUAGG